UUCUGGCGAACAUUUUGAGCUAGAUUCCAUGUGUUUUAAUCCUUUUGGUGGGGAGUUGUGGUCGAGCAGAUGCGGAUGUGGUGGGUGUGAAGGUGUGAUGGAAUCUCUCUGCGGCGCCGCCGCCUCACAACCGUCAGUCAACCCGCAAGUGGCCUCUUGAAUGCUCAAUCACACGCAUUAGGCUAGAGUUAUUCAAUAUGUAUAUAAAUAUUUACGUCGUAGAAAGCUCUCUUGCGCUUCAUUGAUCAUCGAUUAAGUCAACUAGUUUGAAAUCUGAACCCUUAACGUGCAUGACUGACGAAAUCGUCUUGUAUCCUCAAAAUCUUGUUUUUGAUGAGCUACUCCUCAACUGCAAAUCAGGAAAGUUGCCCGUAGCUUACCAUGUAGGAUCGCUGUUCUGGCCACUGCUCUUGCUUUGGUGUUGGCCUAAUCGGUCAUAA